AUGGCCCAGGUCCAGAAAAAAAAGACAGGAAGAAAGAAGGCGGCUCCGGUAGUAGAGAAGGAUGAAAACAGCAAACUUGAAAGUGAGAGAGUCCAGAAACUAGGAACGUAUCUGAAAACAAUUCCAGCUGCCAAGAAGAAGUUUAAAGGUCUCCCAAAAAGAAAAAGGUCUCCAACAAGUUCCGAACUGUUAUCAGAUCCAAAAUACAGUGCUUCCAAGGAAGGUCCAUUUGGUUUGGGCCCUCUAGUUUUCCCUCGUUUACAGCGUUUCAACAACAUUGAUUCAUUCAUGACUGUAUACUUUGUGGCAGCCUUAAUUCAUGGUGUUAUGUAUGCUUUGUCUGAUCUGAAUAUGACACUCUAUGAGUCUAAAUUUUUACUGUCCAACCAAGAGACAUUUAUAAUGGAUAUAAGUGACUACUUUUCAUCUUUCCUGGUAGCAAUAUUGGUAGCGCACUUUGGAGGUAGAGGGAACAGGUCAAAAUGGCUGGCAGCUGCCUCUGUUUUAUUGGGACUUGAAUCAAUUUCAUUUGCCUUUCCUUUACUUAAAUAUGAAAUUUUGAGUACUGUUGAAGAAACUGAAGAGUUAUGCAUAGAAGAAAGACAAAAGACAGACAGUUGUGGUGGACUGAAAAUACCUUACAGAUCAAUAUGUAUCUAUUUCUACAUCUUCUCGCAGUGUCUCCAUGGAAUAGCAGGGAUGCCAAUUUAUAUUCUUGGUGUGACCUUCAUUUUUGACCAUGUCCCCACAUACUCAGCUGGCUUGUAUUUAGCUAUCAUGGAUGCUGCAAAAAUGAUGGGAUACACUCUGGGUUAUACAGUAGGAGGAAAAAUUCUUAAGCAUAAGAAUGAAACGUUGGAUGCGGUCUUACAUCAACAACAGAGUCAUUGGGGAAUAUUUUUUUUGUUUGUUGCUGCAAUCUCAUUUUGUACAUCUUUACCGUUGUUCUGUUUUCCAACUAGUCUACCUGGUGCACACAGGUUAAGACUUUCAAAAAGAAAGGAACCUCCCACCUUUGACAGGAGACUUAAAGAUAAGGAAAUUGGACCUCAUUGGAAGGAUUUUCUUCAUGCUAUUUUGUGUCUUUUGAAGAACCCGCUGCUGCUGACACAGGCAAUCUGCAAAGUCACAGAGUCCAUGACACUUAAGUCAUCGUCAUACUUUUUGCCCAAAUAUUUGCAAACUCAAUUUUUAUUAACGCCCAAGUUUGCCACUAAGCUCACAGGCCUUAUUGUAGUUCCAGGAAGUAUGAUUGGCCAUUUUCUUGGAGGUUUAAUUGUUGACAGAUUGGAAAUGACUUGUAAGAACAAAUUGAAAUUCACACUGGUGACAUCCAUUGUAUCAACUGUGCUUUUCCUAUUAAUCUUUUUUGUAUCAUGUGAUACAUCGCAAUUUGCUGGAAUCAAUGAAGAUUAUGAUGGCUUAGGUAGAAUUGGAAGCCUCACAGCUCCAUGCAAUGAUAAAUGUGGUUGCACAACUUCCGUCUAUUCUCCUGUAUGUGGAAGAGAUGAAAAAGAAUAUUUUUCUCCCUGCUUUGCAGGCUGCUAUGCUGCUAAAGAAAUACAAGAAAAAAAGACAUACUAUAAUUGUUCUUGCAUUUCUGAAGGAUUGACAACUGUUGAUAGAGAAGGUGAUUUUGUUGAUGCUGCUUCUGGAUCAUGUAAUACCAAAUGUCUUUCAUUACCUUUAUUUUUUGCUUUUUACUUUUCUGCAACUGUAUUUUCUAAUCUGUGCAGUGUACCUGUCACCUUGGUUAUCCUCCAAAGUGUACCUGCCAAUUUCAAUUCACUGGGCCUGGGUGUGACCUAUACAAUUUGGAGAUUCUCUGGUUCCAUUCCUGUACCAAUAAUUUUGGCAGUAUCAGAGAUUUCGUCAUGUAUUUACUGGGACAUUAAUGAAUGUGGUGCCAAAGGACACUGUUGGAUCUUUGAUAAGCUAAAACUGGUUCGAGCAUUUAUGGAAAUAUAUAAAUAUAUUAAAGACAUUAUGUGGAAUAAAGGGAUUUGUGUCAUCAGGGCAAGAUACCACCAAGGGGUUAUUUUACAACUAUUCACAAGCUUUCUUAAUAUAUAUGCCAUUCACAAAUAUAAUUAUGUGGUAAUGGGAAGCAUUGAGACAGUGGCCAAAGCUGUAAAGAAUGAAAGCAAAAAAAGAAGAAAAAGCUUAAUUUCUAACUGA